AUGAUACACUCCGUUACAGAUCCUGCAAAGUCAGCCACAGUUGUAUCAAUAUCAAGUAAAAACCAGACAGUACAACCAUCAUAUGAUUCACAAGAUAUUCCACAGGAUAAUGACAGCAACUCAAAUGGGUCCAUUCCAUGUAAAAGGCGAAGAAGAAUACCCAUUCCUGGGAAAGGUAUUUAUCUCGACUUAAAAGACAGACUCCCACUAUACAAAAAGGACUGGACCGAUUCUUUGGAUUAUCGAGUCAUCCCAGCAGUAGUAGAAACAUUCUUUAAUAAUCUUUUGCCUGCAUUAGCUUUUGCUCAAGAUAUGUUUGACAGGACCAAUAAUGCGUAUGGUGUGAACGAAGUUUUAUUAUCAAGUGCGAUGGCUGGAAUUGUUUUUGGAGUGUUAUCUGGACAACCAUUGUGCAUUGUGGGUGUUACAGGUCCUAUUUCUAUAUUUAACUAUACUGUUUAUGAUAUAAUCAAACCUUUGGAUAUUGAUUAUUUUGGUUUUAUGUUUUGGGUUUGCAUAUGGUCCAUGAUAUUUCAUUUCAUUAUUGCUUUAACAAAUUUGGUGGGUCUUUUACAGUUUGUGACCACUUUCCCAUGUGAUAUCUUUGGUUUGUUUAUUAAUAUAGUCUACAUCCAAAAAGGUAUACAAAUAUUGAUACGACAAUUCACCAUAGACGGUAAAGAAUAUAUAUCAUCUGGGUUUGCAAGCAUUGUUGUUGCUCUAUUAAUGAUGAUAUUUGGGGUGACUUUCAAACAGUUUACAAGAACUCCAUUUCUGAAUCAUACUUUGAGAACAUUCAUCUCUGAUUAUUCAACUGCACUUUCUGUUCUAUUUUGGUCAGCAUUCACCCAUUUUGGUGGAUAUCUAAACGAUAUACAUUUUGCUAAACUACCAAUUACCAAGUCAUUCUAUCCUACAUCCAAAACAAUGAGAGAUCCGUCAACAUGGUUAGCAUAUCACUCUAUCAGUACAGGGGAUGUGUUUAUUGCACUACCAUUCGGUAUUAUCUUAACGAUUUUAUUUUAUUUUGAUCAUAAUGUUUCUUCUUUAAUGGCUCAACGUCAUCAAUAUAAACUUACAAAACCUUCAUCAUUCCACUACGAUUUUUUAUUAUUAGGGAUUACAACAGGGGUUUCAGGUGUUCUAGGGAUCCCUGCACCUAAUGGAUUAAUUCCUCAAGCACCACUUCAUACUGAAUCUCUUUUGGUAAGAGAUGUCGAUGGGAGUGUAAUUAAAUGUGUUGAACAAAGAUUUACGAAUACGGUGCAAGGUUUGUUAUUAUUGGGAACUAUGUCUAGGCCUCUAUUAAUAUGCUUACAUCAGAUUCCACAAGCAGUAUUAUCGGGUUUGUUUUUCAUUAUGGGUAUAGGUGGAUUAAGUGGUAAUGUGAUUGUUUCAAGAAUUAUGUGGUUAUUCACAGAUCCGAAGAAGAAAGAUCCAUCCGUGCCUCUAUAUACGAUUCGGACGAAACCAUUGCUCAUAUUCCUUGCCUUUAGUCUUGCAGGAUUUGUUGGUGAGUUUGCUAUAACAAAUACAAUUGCUGCCAUUGGGUUCCCCUUAGUUUUGCUGUUAACAGUAAUAGUGUCGUUUGUGUUUCCAUAUAUUUUCACUAAACAAGAACUAGAAAUCCUUGAUCCACACGUCGCAAAACGAUUUACAAUCAAAAACUUAUUGUUAGAAAAUUUAUGUGGUGAUAAUCGUCAUAUUAAAUCUAAUAACUUAGAUUCUUAA